AUGCUGGAGAAUGGGUCCCUAAGAAACUGCUGCGGGCUGGGCGGGCGAGGGGGCUUCGGCUUCUCCCAGGGAGGGGACGAAGAGGAGGAGGAAGCGGCGGGAACGGGAGGAGGAGGAGGAGCGGCGGCUGGGGCAGACCCGAGGCCAGGCUGGGUGGUCACGGCGCUGUCCAGCGUGCUGAUCUUCACCACCGUGGUGGAUAUCGUGGGCAGCCUGCUGGUCAUCGUCUCAGUGUUCAAGAACCGCAAGCUCAGGAAUGCAGGUAACGCGUUUGUGGUGAGCCUGGCAUUGGCUGACUUAGUGGUGGCCUUGUACCCUUUUCCCUUAGUGCUCACCGCCAUUUUCUACAAUGGCUGGUCCUUUGGGGAUAUGCACUGCAAAGUAAGUGGCUUUGUGAUGGGCCUAAGCGUCAUCGGCUCCAUCUUCAACAUCACCGCCAUUGCCAUCAACAGAUACUGCUACAUCUGCCACAGUUUUGCGUAUGACAAAGUGUACAGCUGGUGGAACACGAUGCUGUAUGUCUGCCUGAUUUGGGUACUGACGUUUGUUGCAACUGUGCCUAAUUUUUUCGUCGGCUCUCUCAAGUAUGAUCCGCGUAUCUAUUCCUGCACGUUCACCCAGACGGCUAGUUCCUAUUACACCAUUGCCGUUGUCAUCAUCCACUUCAUUGUCCCAAUCACCAUUGUGAGCUUCUGCUACCUUCGGAUCUGGAUCCUGGUGAUCCAAGUGAGGAGGAGAGUCAAAUCAGAGGUCAAGCUGAGGCUGAAGCCAAGCGACUUUAGGAACUUCCUCACCAUGUUUGUGGUCUUUGUGAUCUUUGCCUUUUGCUGGGCGCCGCUGAACUUCAUUGGGCUGGCUGUGGCCAUUAACCCUUCAGAAAUAGCACCCAAAGUUCCUGAGUGGUUGUUCGUUGUAAGCUACUUCAUGGCCUACUUCAACAGUUGCCUUAACGCAAUAAUAUAUGGACUUCUGAACCAAAACUUUCGGAAGGAAUAUAAACGAAUCUUCAUGUCACUGUGGAUGCCAAGGCUGUUUUUUCAGGACACUUCCAGGGGGGGGACCGAAGUUCAGAAGAGCAAGCCGUCUCCUGCUUUAAAUAACAAUGACCAAAUCAAAACCAACACCUAG